GCAAAUUACAUCAUUAAAUAAUUUAUGGCUAGAUCAUUAAUCUUGCUUUCUUUGUUGAUAAUGGCUUAUUCAAUAGAAGUAAAAAUCAAUGGAUGUACUUGCGAUGAAGUUUUAAAAGAAAACGAUUGUAAUGACUAUCCUAUAGGAGGAGGAAUUGAAUGCGAUUGGAAUGAAGAAAAAAAAGUUUGUGAAUCUUAUCCUACUGUAGAAUGCUCAAUAAUAACAGGUAGUGAUACAUGCAGAGGUUUAACUUCUUGUGGAUGGGUGAAUGGUAAAUGUGUAGAUUUUAAAUAAUGUUCUGAUUACUAAGAAACUGUGGACUAGAAAUGUAAUAAUAUAAAUCAUACUUGUAUUUUGUUAAAAGAUGAUAAAUGUGGAAAAAUAGAAAUCCCAGAAUGCGAGUCAUUUACUCCAGAAUUGUGUAAAAAUACUUCAGAAAAAAGAUGUGUUUAAUAUGGAACUCCUGCAAAAUGUGUGACAAUGGAGAAAUGUGAACAAGGUAGCAAUAAUUAAAGUCAAUGUAAUAAGAACCUUAUAUCAUGUAUUUGGGACAGCGAUAAAUGCAGAGAUAAAAAAUGUGCUGAUAUUUAAACAAAGGAUGCUUGUAAAUUCCUUUUAUCAUUUGAUGGUUAAAUGGCAACAUUGUGUCAUUGGACUGAUGAAGGCAAAUGUAUUGAUGGAGAAGAUGAUCAUUAUACUGAAGAAAAUUGUUUUGGUCAUAGUGCAUAUGGAAAAGUAUGGAGAGAUGGUAAAUGUCAGUCUUGUUAAGCAUCACCAGGAUAUGGUAAACUUUUAUCAUUGGUAAUGAUGUUAGUUGCAAUUAUAAUGAUGUGAUAUUAAAGAUAAGAUAUAUAUAUUAUCA